AUGCGCCUCCGCUGCGACGCCUGCAGUCUACAUCUUGACAAGGGCACCAUGUUCGUCGCGUUUAAGGAGGACCUCACCGAGGGCGAGAGGCACAUCGGCGCCGUCAAGAUCUUCUGCUUCUACUUCAAGUGCAUCCACUGCUCCGCAGAGAUCGCCUUCAAGACCGACCCAGAGAACUUUGACUACAUGGUCGAGGCCGGCGCCACCCGUGAAUUGGAGCAGUAG